AUGCCUCGUUGUAAAAUUUUAAGAUUAAACACGUCCAUAGAUGUUAUAACCCCUUAUCUAGAGCUCAAAUAUUUGAGUUAUUCGAAAUUAGAUUGCACACAAGAUGUAAGAAUACCUUUGACCUUUAUAGAGUCUGCAACUCUCAGUGCUAUAAAUCGUAUUGACAUUUCGGAACAAGAUUCGAAUUUCAAAAUUAUAUUGGAUACUAAAGUACUAGACGCCUAUUAUGGAGGUUCAAAAAAUUUAGGAAGUUGUUAUUACUUUCAUGUACUUAGAGAUAACAAAUCAAACCUUCCUGAUGAUAACAACAUUCUCGGGGAACCUGUUCAUUUUAAUACCUCCACCUUAGUUUACAUGUCCAACUUAACCUCUUAUCAGAUCUCGUUUACUAAUAUUAACCAGCAAAGCUUUGAUGUCUACCUCAGUGUGACAUGUCAUGAUAAAAACAACUCCGUCAUUUAUCAAAAUGCCCACAUAGUUCCUGCGCCAGUUGUAGUAGCCCAUUAUAUAAAGACACAAAUAAAGCGUAAUUUAUUAAAUGAAGCCAAAUUAAGCAAUAAUAGGAUGAACAUACUACUAAUGGGUGUGGAUUCAACAUCAAGGGGAAAUUUUGAGAGGUACUUCGGUAAAACUUAUGGACUUCUUAGUUCUCUCAGAAAAAGCGUUUACUCCUAUAAGGGUUAUUUUAAGGUAGGCGAUAAUACGUACCCCAAUUUAACCCCUUUACUCACUGGAAAAUGGGUUUGGGAAAAGUUUCCACAUGGACCCAUGAAAUAUUUUGACAAUUUAAGCUUGAUUUGGCGUGAAUACGAAAAAAGAGGGUAUGCCAGCAUUUAUUUCGAGGACGAACCUAUAUAUGCAACCUACAACUACCAAAAAAAUGGUUUUCUGGCCGUUCCUUCAAACUUUUACUUUCGACCAUUCUCCCUAGAAUGGAUGAGAUUCAUGAACCUCACAAAACGUUACAAUCAUUGUUCUUUGUAUGGCAAGAGUGAAAUUGACAUGCUGCUAGAUUAUUCUGAAUCUCUUAUUAAAUCAAUGGAAAUUCUUGGUCAGCCUUAUUUCAAUCUAAACUUUAUCACGAAAUUUACUCACAAUAAUCUUCCAGGAGCGGCUGUGAUGGAUCAAUUUAUUUCCCUUUACUUUAAGAGGUUAUUGGAAAAGAAGCUCUUGAAAAACACGUUUAUAAUAGUUUUUAGCGAUCAUGGGUUAAGGUUCGGAAAAUAUAGAGAGACUUCUAAUGGAAUAUUGGAAGAUCGCAUGCCGUUCCUGUUAAUCAUUCCUCCGGACAACUUUUUUAACGAUUAUGGCAUCGAAGAAUCUAUUUUUUCGAUGAAUACCAAACGAGUGGUAACCGCUUUUGAUAUACACGAAACAUUGCUCCAUUUGCUGGAUCUUCACCUGAUUAUCAAAGAAAAAACCCCCCUUAAACUUAAAAACACGAUUGGGAAUCAAAGCUUAAAGAAUAGCGGUAAGAAGGGACUAAGCCUCUUAAGAAUGGUCCCUUAUGAUAGGGAUUGUGAUUCGGCCCACGUGCCUAGUUAUUAUUGCCCAUGCAAUUGGCUAGCACCUAUUACUUCAACCUCCUAUUUAAAUUAUCCAAAACAUUUGACGGGCAAUAUUAGCGGAAAAUUUCAGAAAAUUCUGAACCUUGGAGCUGACUUAAUAGUUUCAAAGAUCAAGAACGAUAUACUCCUGCCCUAUAAAAAUGAAUGCAUUUUUGAGGAAUUUAGAUUGAGCACAAUAAAGAAAGUUAUAUUGAUAUCGAAGGCGAAUAAAACAAAUUUAGAAGAGUUGCAAGGUUAUAAUGCUAACGAGAUAAGAAAUUACUUGAACAAACUGAGCAAAGGGGUCAAUAAAGGAUUAAAUUCCUACAUAUCCAAAGUGAUAAAAACCUUUAAAAGUGUCAUAAUAAUAUUAAUAACUAAACCCUUCCAAGGAAUAUUCGAGGCUACAUUAGAUUUUGAUAUGUAUAAUAUUUCAAAUAUAUUCAGCCGUGUAGCAGACAUUUCUCGCUUGGAUGGGUACUGGGAUCAAUCUUACUGCGUAAACGGGUCAGAAAUUAAAAAGUAUUGUUAUUGUAGAAAAUAUCAUAAUUAA